UGGGCAUCAUGGCUGACUCCGGGUCGGGUGUGCAGGGCUCUUUACUGCAGCUGCAGAAGUCCCUGUCUGUCAGCGACCGCUGCUCCGCGGCGGUGGCCAGUUACCAGCUGAUCCGGGGCCUGGGGCAGGAGUGCGUGCUGAGCUCCGGGCCCGCAGUGCUGGCAUUACAGACUUCCUUAGUUUUCUCCAAAGAUUUCGGUUUGCUUGUCUUUGUUCGGAAAUCACUUAGCAUGGAUGAAUUUCGUGAUUGUAGAGAAGAAGUCUUAAAAUUUUUAUGUGUUUUCUUAGAAAAAAUUGGCCAGAAGAUCACACCUUACUCUCUUGAUAUUAAGAAUACUUGUACUAGUGUUUAUACAAAAGAUAAAGCUGCUAAAUGUAGAAUCUCAGCCCUGGAUCUUCUUAUAAAGUUAUUUCGGGCUUUAAGAAGUUCGAGACUCAUGGAUGAAUUUGGAAUUGGAGAGUUAUUUAUCAAAUUCUAUGGAGAACUUGCAUCAAAAACAAGAAUACAGGAUACAGUUUUAGAAAAAAUAUAUGAGCUCUUAGGAGUAUUAGGUGAAGUUCAUCCUAGUGAGAUGAUAAAUAAUUCAGAGAACCUGUUCCGGGCUUUUCUAGGUGAACUUAAGAUCCAGAUGACGUCAGCACUCAGAGAGCCCAAACUGCCUAUUGUGGCAGGGUGUCUGAAGGGAUUGUCUUCCCUCAUGUGCAACUUUACCAAAUCCAUGGAGGAAGAUCCCCAGACUUCAAGGGAGAUUUUUGAUUUUACAUUAAAGGCAAUUCGUCCUCAGAUUGACCUGAAGAGAUAUGCAGUACCCUUAGCCGGCUUGUGCUUGUUGACCCUGCACGCACCUCAGUUUGGCACCUGUCUCCUGGACAACCACGUCUCUCUGUUUGAAGUUCUGUCCAAAUGGUGUAGCCACACGAAUGUAGAAGUGAAGAAAGCUGCACACUCAGCUCUGGAAUCUUUUCUGAAACAGAUCUCUUCUAUGGUGGCGAAAGAUGCAGAAAUGCAUAAGAGUAAGCUGCAGUACUUUAUGGAGCAAUUUUAUGGAAUCAUCCGGAAUGUGGAUUCAAACAGCAAGGACUUAUCCAUUGCAAUUCGUGGAUAUGGACUUUUUGCAGGACCUUGCAAGGUUAUAAAUGCAGAAGACGUUGACUUCAUGUAUGUGGAACUCGUUCAGCGCUGCAAACAGCUCUUCCUCGCCCAGACGGAUGCCGUCGAUGAGCACAUUUACCACAUGCCAAGUUUCCUCCAGUCUAUUGCAAGUGUCUUGCUUUACCUUGACACAGUCCCUGAGGUGUAUACGCCGGUUCUGGAACAUCUCAUUGUGGCACAGAUAGACAGUUUCCCACAAUAUAGUCCAAAGAUGCAGUCGGUGUGUUGUAAAGCCAUCGUGACAGUGUUCCUGGCGUUGCAGGGGAAAGGGCCGGCUCUCUGGAACCGCAUCGGCGCUGUGGUGCAUCAGGGUUUAAUCAGAAUAUGUUCUAAGCCUGUGAUCCUUCAAAAGGGAGCGGAGUCCGCAUCUGAAGACGAUCGUGCAUCGGGGGAAGUUAGGACUGGCAGAUGGAAGGUGCCCACGUAUAAAGACUAUUUGGAUCUUUUUAGAAGUCUCCUGAGUUGUGACCAGAUGAUGGAUUCUCUUUUAGCAGAUGAAGCAUUUCUCAUUGUGAAUUCCUCCCUUCAAAGUCUGAACCGUUUGCUAUAUGAUGAAUUUGUCAAAUCAGUUUUGAAGAUUAUUGAGAAAUUGGAUCUGACACUAGAGAAACAGAACAUCGGGGGACAGGAGGAUGAAAAUGAAGCUACUGGCGUUUGGGUGAUCCCGACCUCCGACCCAGCUGCUAACUUGCAUCCUGCUAAACCCAAAGAUUUUUCAGCUUUCAUUAGCCUGGUGGAAAUUUGCAGAGAGAUUCUUCCUGAGAAACAUGUAGAAUUUUUUGAGCCAUGGGUGUAUUUGUUUGCCUACGAGUUAAUUUUGCAGUCUGCACGCUUGCCUCUCGUCAGUGGCUUUUACAAACUGCUUUCUGUUGCCGUGAGAAAUGCCAGGAAAAUAAAGUAUUUUGAGGGAGUAUGUCUAAAGAGUCAGACACAGUCUCCUGAGGAUCCAGAGAAGUAUUCAUGCUUUGCUUUGUUUGCAAAAUUUGGUAAAGAGGUUUCAGUUAAAAUGAAGCAAUACAAAGAUGAACUUUUGGCCUCCUGUUUGAGCUUUAUUCUGUCCCUGCCGCCUGACAUCAUUGAACUUGAUAUUAAAGCCUACGUUCCUGCAUUGCAGAUGGCUUUUAAGCUGGGCCUGAGCUACACCCCGUUGGCGGAAGCAGGCCUGAACGCCCUUGCGGAGUGGUCAGCUCACAUCCGCGAGCAUGUGAUGCAGCCGUGUUAUAGAGACAUACUGCCCAGCCUUGAUGGGUACCUGAAAACGUCAGCCUCACCAGAUGAGGCCACGAACAACUGGGAGGUGUCAGCACUCUCUCGAGCUGCGCAGAAAGGGUUUAAUAAAGUUGUGUUAAAGCAUCUGAAAAAGACAAAGAACAUUUCAUCGAGCGAAGUACUGUCCUUAGAAGAAGUAAGGGUUAGAGUAGUGCAGAUGCUUGGCCUUCUGGGAGGACAAAUAAACAGACAUCUCCUAACAGCCACAUCCUCAGAUGACAUGAUGAAGAAGUAUGUGGCAUGGGACAGAGAAAAGAGACUCAGUUUUGCAGUACCUUUUGUAGAAAUGAAGCCUGUCAUUUAUCUGGAUGUGUUCUUGCCUCGGGUCACGGAGUUAGCUCUUUCUGCUGGUGACAGACAAACUAAAGUUGCAGCUUGUGAGCUUCUACACAGCAUGGUUAUGUUUAUGUUGGGAAAAGCCACUCAGAUGCCUGAGAGCGGCCAGGGGUUCCCACCCAUGUACCAGCUCUACAAGCGCACGUUCCCUGUGCUGCUGCGACUCGCGUGUGAUGUAGACCAGGUGACAAGGCAACUAUAUGAGCCACUAGUUAUGCAGCUGAUUCACUGGUUCACUAACAACAAGAAAUUUGAAAGUCAGGAUACUGUCGCCUUAUUAGAAACGAUAUUGGAUGGGAUUGUAGACCCUGUUGACAGCACUUUAAGAGAUUUUUGUGGUCGGUGCGUUCGUGAGUUCCUCAAAUGGUCCAUUAAGCAGACAACGCCUCAGCAGCAGGAGAAGAGUCCUGUAAACACCAAAUCACUUUUCAAGCGACUGUACAGCUUUGCACUUCACCCCAAUGCUUUCAAGAGGCUCGGAGCAUCGCUUGCCUUUAAUAAUAUCUACCGAGAAUUCAGGGAAGAAGAAUCCCUGGUAGAGCAGUUUGUGUUCGAAGCUCUGGUCACCUAUUUGGAAAGCCUGGCCUUGGCCCACACAGAUGAGAAGUCCUUAGGUACAGUUCAACAGUGCUGUGAUGCCAUUGAUCACCUGAGGCGCAUCAUUGAGGAGAAGCACGUAUCUUUAAACAAAGCAAGAAAACGACGUAGGCCUCGAGGAUUUCCACCCACGUCGACGACCCUGUGUUUACUAGAUGUGGUCCACUGGCUGCUCACCUGCUGCGGGAGGCCCCAGACGGAGUGUCGGCACAAAUCCAUGGAACUGUUUUACAAAUUCGUGCCUUUAUUGCCAGGCAACAAGUCACCUGCUUUGUGGCUGAAAGAGGUCCUCCAGAACAAAGACAUCUCCUUCCUCAUGCACACGUUUGAGGGGGGCGGAGGGAGCUGCGCCCGGCCGUCGGGCAUCCGCGCUCAGCCCACGCUCCUGCACCUGCCCGGCCCGUUCAGCCUGCGCGCCGCGCUGCAGUGGGCCGACAUGCUGCUGGCGGCGCUGGAGUGCUACAACACCUUCGCCGGGGAGAGAGCCGUCGAGGCCCCCGAGGUCCUGGGUACUGAAACACAGUCUUCGCUUUGGAAAGCAGUGACUUUCUUUUUAGAGAGCAUUGCUAUGUACGAUAUCACAGCAGCGGAGAAGUGCUUUGGCGCUGGGGCCAUAGGCCGCAGACCCAGCCCCCAGGAGGAAGAAAGAUACAAUUACAGCAAAUGCACGAUUGUGGUCCGGAUUCUGGAGUUCACCACCACGCUGCUCAGCGUCUCCCCCGAAGGCUGGAAGCUCCUUGAGGAUUUAUGUAAUAACACAAACCUUAUGAAACUCUUGGUGAAAACCGUCUGUGAGCCCUCAAGCAUAGGUUUCAAUACCGGUGAUGUCCUGGUGAUGAGCCACCUUCCUGAUGUUUGUGUGAGCCUGAUGAGGGCACUGAAGAAGUCCCCCUUCAGAGCGCUCCUGGAGACGUACCUCCAGGAAGAAAUCACCGCGCAGAGCAUCGAGGAGCUCUGUGCCGUUGACCUCUGCGGCCCGGACGCUUCCGUGGAUCGGGCCAGGCUGGCCUCUGUCCUGUCGGCCUGUGAGCAGCUUCACCGCGCCGGCCUCCUGCAUGUCGUCUUAGCGUCUCAGUCUGCAGAUCAGUGUCCUGUUGGCACAAAACUUCUUCACCUGGUUUAUGAAAGCGUCGCACCUGGAGAUGACCAACAGCGCCUUCCUUCCCUGGACCCCGGUUGUAGGCGCUUAGCCAGCGGCCUUCUGGAGUUGGCCUUUGCUUCUGGAGUGCCGUGUGAGCGCCUUGUGAGCCUUCUCCUGGAGACGGCAGUGUGGAGUGUGCCCCGCGCAGGAGCAUCCCGGGGAGACCCGCUCAGCUGCUGUCACGGAGAGUAUUUUUAUAGCUUGUUCUCAGAGACCAUCAACACCGAAUUGUUGAAAAAUCCAGAUCUUGCAGUAUUGGAGCUCAUGAAAUCGUCUGUUGAUAAUCCCAAAAUGGUGAGCGCCGUUUUGAAUGGAAUGUUAGAUCAGAGCUUCAGGGAUCGAGCCAGCCAGAAACACCAAGGACUGAGACUCACGAGUACAAUUCUGCACAACUGGAGGACGUGGGACUCGUGGUGGGCCAGAGAGUCUGCUCCUGAAAGUAAAACAGCAGUGCUGACCUUACUGGCAAAAAUUCUGCAGAUUGAUCCAUCUUUUAAUACAAACCACAGUGCAUUCUCUGAAGUUUUUACAACAUAUGUUAGUCUACUUGGUGAUUCAAAAUUGGGUUUACAUUUAAAGGGUCAAGCUGUAAUUCUUCUUCCAUUCUUUACCAAUCUCACUGGAGGCAGUCUUGAAGACCUUAAGCAUGUUCUGGAAAAGCUUAUCGUUUCUAAUUUCCCCAUGAAGUCUGAAGAAUUUCCCCCAGGAACUCUGCGGUACAAUAAUUAUGUAGAUUGCAUGAAAAAGUUCCUAGAUGCGUUGGAAUUAUCUCAAAGUCCUGUACUGUUGCAGUUGAUGACAGAAAUUCUUUGUCGGGAACAGCAGCAUGUUAUGGAAGAAUUAUUUCAAUCUACUUUCAAAAAGAUUGCUGGAAAGAGUUCCUGUGUCACACAAUUAGCCCUUUUGGAAAGUGUGUACACGAUGUUCAAGAGGGAUGACCUGCUUUCAAAUGUCACUCGCCAGGCGUUUGUAGAUCGCUCUCUCCUCACUCUGCUGCGGCACUGCAGCCUGAACGCUUUGAGAGAAUUCUUCAGCAAAAUUGUGGUGGAUGCCGUUGAUGUCUUGAAGUCUAGAUUCACAAAGCUAAAUGAAUCUGCCUUUGAUACUCAAAUCACCAAGAAGAUGGGCUGUUAUAAGAUUCUAGAUGUGAUGUAUUCUCGUCUUCCAAAAGAUGAUGUUCAUUCGAAGGAGUCUAAAAUUAAUCAAGUUUUCCAUGGCUCGUGUGUUACAGAAGGAAGUGAACUUACAAAGACACUUAUUAAAUUGUGCUAUGAUGCCUUCACGGAGAACAUGGCGGGCGAGAAUCAGCUGCUGGAGACCAGGAGACGGUACCACUGCGCUGCCUACAACUGUGCCAUUUCUGUGAUCUGCUGCGUCUUCACCGAACUGAGAUUUUACCAAGGCUUCCUGUUCAGCGAGAAACCUGAAAAGAACUUGCUUAUUUUUGAAAAUCUGAUUGACCUGAAACGCUGCUAUACAUUUCCUGUGGAAGUUGAGGUUCCUAUGGAAAGAAGGAAGAAGUACAUUGAAAUUAGGACAGAAGCCAGAGAAGCAGGAAAUGGGGAUUCAGGUGGCCCUCGUUAUAUAUCUUCCUUGUCGUAUUUGGCAGACAGCAGCCUGAGUGAGGAAAUGAGUCAAUUCGAUUUCUCAACUGGAGUUCAGAGCUAUUCAUACGGUUCCCAGGACCCUAAAUCUACCACUGGUCAUUUGUGGAGACGGGAUUCUAAAGAGCCCAUCAUCCAGGAGGCUGUCCUGGAGUUAGAGAUGGAUGAGCUCAAUCAGCACGAAUGCAUGGCAACCAUGACAGCCCUGAUUAAGCACAUGCAGAGGAGUCAGAUCCUGCCUAAAGAAGAGGGUUCCAUGCCAAGAAAUCUUCCUCCUUGGAUGAAAUUUCUUCACGACAAACUAGGAAAUCCAUCGGUUUCGUUAAAUAUCCGUCUCUUCUUAGCCAAGCUUAUUAUUAAUACGGAAGAGGUCUUCCGCCCGUACGCGAAGCACUGGCUCAGCCCGUUGCUGCAGCUGGUGGUUUCUGAAAACAGCGGAGGAGAAGGAAUUCACUACAUGGUGGUCGAGGUCGUGGUUACUGUCCUUUCGUGGACAGCAGUAGCUACUCCUGUGGGGGUCCCUAAAGAUGAAGUGUUAGCAAAUCGAUUGCUUCAUUUCCUAAUGAAACACGUUUUUCAUCAGAAAAGAGCUGUGUUUAGACAUAACCUUGAAAUUAUAAAAACCGUUGUGGAAUGCUGGAAGGAUUGUUUAUCUAUCCCUUACAGGUUGAUAUUUGAAAAGUUUUCCAGUAAAGAUCCUAAUUCCAAAGACAAUUCGGUAGGAAUUCAAUUAUUAGGCAUUAUAAUGGCCAAUAACUUGCCCCCGUAUGACCCAGACUGUGGCAUAGAGAGCAUAAAAUACUUUGAGGCUUUGGUCAGUAAUCUGUCUUUUGUAAGAUACAAGGAGGUGUACGCAGCAGCCGCAGAAGUCCUAGGACUCGUCCUUCAGUAUGUCACCAAGAGAGAGAAUGCCCUGGAAGGUUUGGUUUAUGAACUGAUCGUAAAACAGCUGAAGCAGCAGCAGAGUACGACGGAGGACAAAUUUAUCGUGUGCUUGAACAAAGCUGCGAAGAACUUCCCUCCGCUUGCUGACAGGUUCAUGAACACGGUCUUCUUCCUGCUGCCGAAGUUUCACGGGGUGAUGAAGACCCUGUGUCUGGAGGCGGUGCUGUGCCGUGCGGAGGAAACCGCCGAUCUCUACUUGCAGUUAAAGAGCAGGGAUUUCAUUCAACUCAUGAGACCUAGAGAUGAUGAAAGACAGAAAGUGUGUUUGGACAUAGUUUACAAGAUGAUGGCAAAAUUGAAACCAGUAGAACUCCGAGAAAUUCUGGAUCCUGUGGUAGAAUUCAUUUCUCAUCCAUCUCCAGUGUGUAGGGAGCAGAUGUACAAUGUUCUUAUGUGGGUUCAUGACAAUUACCGAGAUGAAAAGCUGUCUUCUCCACAUGACCCCAUGUGUAGGGCGUUCUUUCUCAUUUGCCAGUAUCUGAGAAAUCUUUUCUCUCUGCUUUUCAGAUUAAUUAUUCGAAAUUUCUGGAGCCAUGAAACUAGGUUACCUUCAAAUACCUUGGACCGAUUGUUGGCACUGAAUUCCUUAUAUUCUCCAAAGAUAGAAGAGCACUUUUUAAGUUUAGCAACAGAUUUUCUGCUUGAAAUGACCAGCUUGAGCCCAGAUUAUCCCAACCCUGUGUUUGAGCAUCCUCUGUCAGAAUGUGAAUUUCAGGAGUACACCAUUGAUUCUGACUGGCGUUUCCGGAGCACAGUUCUCACUCCCAUGUUUAUUGAGACUCAGGCCACCCAAAGUGCUCUCCAGACUCGGACCCAGGAGGGAUCCAUCCCAGGUCACGGAGCGACGGCUAAGCAGAUACGGGCCACCCAGCAGCAGUACGACUUCACACCUACACAAACCACAGACGGCAGAAGCUCCUUUAACUGGCUGACCGGGAGCAGCAUUGACCCGCUGACGGACUACCCAGCCUCGUCCUCGGAUUCCGCGUCCUCCUCCCUGCUGUUCGCCCACAAGAAGAGCGAGAGGCUGCAGAGAUCACCCCUGAAGUUCGUGGGGCCCGAUUUUGGGAAGAAAAGGCUGGGCCUUCCAGGGGACGAGGUGGAUAGUACGACAAAAGGUACAGACAAUCGGGCAGAAAUAUUAAGAUUGCGCAGGCGAUUUUUAAAGGACCAAGAAAAACUCAGUUUGAUUUAUGCCAGAAAAGGUGUUGCUGAACAAAAACGAGAGAAGGAGAUGAAGAGUGAGUUGAAAAUGAAGCACGAGGCCCACGUCAUUCUGUAUAGAAGUUACCGGCACGGAGACCUCCCUGACAUUCAGAUCACGUACAGUAGCCUGAUCACCCCCUUGCAAGCUGUGGCCCAGAGAGAUCCAAUAAUCGCAAAACAGCUCUUUGGCAGCUUGUUUUCUGGAAUUAUAAAAGAGGUGGAUAAACACAAGACCGUGUCUGAAAAAAACAUCGUUACUCAGAAGUUGCUCCAGGACUUCGAUCAUUUUCUUAACACCACGUUCUCUUUCUUUCCACCUUUCAUCUCCUGUAUCCAGGAAAUCAGCUGCCAGCACACCGACUUGCUGAGCCUCAGCCCGGCGUCGGUCAGCGCCAGCUGCCUGGCCAGCCUGCAGCAGCCCGUGGGCAUCCGCCUGCUGGAGGAGGCGCUGCUGCGCCUGCCGCCGCCGGAGCCCCCCGCCAAGCGGCGCCCGGGGCGCGCUCGCCCCCCGCCCGGUGUCGUCAGAUGGAUGGCGCUCGCCAAACUGUACAGAUCCAUCGGAGACUACGACGCCCUCCGUGGGAUUGGCAGCAGCGAGAUGGGAGCGAAGCAGGUCACGCGGGAGGCCGUGUUAGCCGAGGCGCGGAGCGAUUACUCGGAGGCCGCGAGACGGUACAACGAGGCCCUCAAUAAACAAGAGUGGGCAGAUGGUGAUCCUACUGAAGCUGAGAAGGAUUUUUGGGAACUUGCCUCCCUUGACUGUUACAACCAGCUUGCUGAGUGGAAAUCAUUGGCGUACUGUUCUGUAGUCAGCGUUGACAACGAAAACCCCCCAGAUCUAAACAAAAUGUGGAGUGACCCAUUUUACCAGGAGACCUACCUGCCUUACAUGGUCCGCAGCAAGCUGAAGCUGCUGCUCCACGGGGAGGCUGACCAGGCGCUGCUCACGUUUAUUGAUGAAGCCAUGAAAAAGGAGCUUCCGAAGGCUCUUAUUGAGCUGCAUUAUAGUCAGGAACUGAGUCUUCUGUACAUCUUACAAGAUGACGUGGAUCGAGCCAAGUAUUAUAUUGAAAAUUGCAUUCAGAUUUUUAUGCAGAACUACUCGAGUAUUGAUGUUCUCUUACACAGAAGUAGACUCACCAAACUGCAGUCUGUACAGACUAUUAUAGAAAUCCAGGAGUUCAUCAGUUUUAUAAGCAAACAAGGUAAUUUGUCAUCUCAAGCUCCCCUGAAGAGACUUCUAAAAACCUGGACAAACAGAUACCCUGAUACCACACUGGACCCAAUGGACAUCUGGGAUGACAUCAUCACAAAUCGUUGUUUCUUUCUCAGCAAAAUCGAGGAGAAACUUAUUCUUCCGUCGGAUGAUCACAGUAUGCCCACGGAUGGUGACGGAGAUCCCGGUGACAGGAUGGACACGCAGGCGCAGGGAGAAGACGUCAGCUCUCUGAUUAAGAACUGUGUGUUUUCUAUGAAAAUGAAGAUGGUAGAAAGUGCAAGAAAGCAGCACAGUUUCUCACUUGCCAUGAAACUACUGAAGCAGCUGCACAGAGAGUCCAAAACGAGAGACGACUGGCAGGUGGCAUGGGUGCAGAGCUACUGCCGGCUGAGCCACAGCCGGAGCCGGGCCCAGAGCUGCCCCGAGCAGAUCCGCACGGCGCUGAAAACCGUCUCCCUGCUGGGUGAGAGCGUAUCCAGUUACUUAAGCAAAAAUGCUCUGGCUUUCCAUGACCAGAACAUUCUCUUGGGUACGACUUACCGAAUCAUAGCUGAUGCUCUCAGCAGCGAACCAGCCUGCCUUGCCCAAAUUGAGGAAAGCAAGGCUAGAAGAAUCUUGGACCUUUCAGGAUCUGGUUCAGAGGAUACAGAAAAGGUGAUCGCAGGUCUGUACCAGAGAGCGUUCCAUCACCUCUCCGAGGCCGUCCGGACCGCCGAGGAGGGCCAGGGGCCUGUCUCCAGCGUGACAGAUGCUUACAUGACACUGGCAGACUUCUGUGACCAGCAGCUCCGCAGGGAGGAGGAGAGAGUGUCGGUUACCGAGUCGGUAGAACUGCAGACGUACCCAGCCCUUGUGGUGGACAAGAUGUUGAAAGCUUUAAAACUGCAUUCCAACGAAGCCAGGCUGAAAUUCCCCAGGCUGCUGCAGAUUAUAGAGCUGUACCCCGAGGAGACCCUGAGCCUAAUAACCAAAGAGAUUUCUUCCAUUCCUUGCUGGCAGUUCAUUGGCUGGAUCGGCCACAUGGUGGCCUUACUGGACAAAGAGCAAGCUGUUGCCGUCCAGCGCACUGUGGAAGAGAUUGCUGAUAACUAUCCACAGGCGAUUGUCUACCCACUUAUAAUAAGUAGUGAGAGCUACUCUUUCACAGAUACUUCUGCUGGUCAUAAGAAUAAGGAGUUUGUGGCAAGGAUUAAAAUUAAGUUGGAUCAAGGAGGAGUGAUUCAAGAUUUUAUUAGUGCCCUGGAACAGCUCUCCAAUCCUGAAAUGCUCUUUAAGGACUGGACUGAUGAUAUCAAGGCUGAACUAGCAAAAACCCCUGUUAAUAAAACAAUCAUUGAAAAGAUGUAUGAAAGAAUGUAUGCGGCCUUGGGAGACCCAAAGGCUCCAGGCCUUGGGGCUUUCAGAAGGAGGUUCAUUCAGACUUUCGGAAAAGAAUUUGAUAAAUACUUUGGAAAAGGAGGUUCUAAGCUACCUGGAAUGAAACUCCGUGACUUCACUGAUGUUACCAAUUCACUACUUUCUAAAAUGCACAGAGACUCAAAGCCGCCUGGGAAUCUGAAAGAAUGUUCACCCUGGAUGAGUGAUUUCAAAGUAGAAUUCUUACGAAAUGAGCUGGAGAUUCCUGGUCAGUAUGAUGGCAGAGGAAAGCCAGUCCCAGAGUACCAUGCGCGGAUCGCUGGCUUUGACGAGCGGGUAAAAGUAAUGGCUUCUAUCCGAAAGCCGAAGCGCAUCAUCAUCCGAGGCCAUGAUGAGAGAGAGUACCCCUUCCUCGUCAAGGGGGGCGAGGACCUGCGGCAGGACCAGCGGGUUGAGCAGCUCUUUGAGGUCAUGAACGUCCUCCUGUCUCGGGACGCCACCUGCAGCCAGAGAAGCAUGCAGCUGAAGACCUACCGGGUCAUCCCCAUGACCUCCAGAUUAGGACUAAUUGAAUGGAUUGAAAACACUCUCACCUUGAAGGACCUUCUUUUGAGCAGCAUGUCACGGGAGGAGAAAGCAGCUUACACAAGUGAUCCCAACGCACCGCCGCAUGAGUAUAGAGACUGGCUGGCAAGGAUGUCUGGAAGGCAGGAUGUCGGCGCUUACAUGUCAAUGUUUAAGGCAGCUAGUCGUACCGAGACAGUCACAUCUUUUAGAAGAAGAGAAAGCAAAGUGCCAGCUGACCUCUUGAAGCGUGCCUUUCUGAAGAUGAGCACGGGCCCUGAGGCCUUCCUGGCCCUCCGCUCCUACUUCGCCAGCUCUCAUGCGCUUCUGUGCAUCAGCCACUGGAUUCUGGGCAUUGGAGACAGACAUCUGAACAAUUUCAUGAUAAGCAUGGAGACCGGUGGGAUGAUUGGGAUUGACUUUGGACACGCCUUCGGAUCGGCUACGCAGUUUCUGCCCGUCCCUGAGCUGAUGCCUUUUCGUCUGACCCGCCAGUUUAUCAAUCUGAUGUUACCAAUGAAAGAAGCGGGGGUCAUGUCCAGCAUCAUGGUGCACGCACUGAGGGCCUUCCGCUCACACUCUGACCUGCUUACGAACACCAUGGACGUGUUUGUAAAGGAUCCUUCCUUCGACUGGAAAAAUUUUGAACAGAAAAUGCUAAAAAAAGGAGGAUCAUGGAUUCAAGAAAUAAAUGUAACCGAGAAAAAUUGGUAUCCCCGCCAGAAAAUACAUUAUGCUAAGAGAAAGUUAGCAGGGGCUAAUCCAGCAGUUAUUACUUGUGAUGAGCUGCUCCUGGGCCAUGAGAACGUACUUGCCUUUGGGGACUACGUGGCAGUGGCACGAGGAAGCAAAGACCACAACAUCCGUGCCCGGCAGCCAGAGAGCGGGCUGUCGGAAGAGGCUCAGGUGGAGUGCCUGAUCGACCAGGCCACAGACCCCAACAUCCUCGGCAGAGCGUGGAUAGGAUGGGAGCCCUGGAUGUGAGGGCCGUGGCAGGCAGCGGCCAAGUGCAUGAAAGUGUGUAAAGAAUCUCAGCUCUGACCUACCGCAAUGAAUGUGCUGCUUUUCUGGAAGCACUGAAGAAAUCGAUUGGGUGGUGAAGUCGUGAGCCGGAGUUUGAUCAAGAUCCUGACGAACACCUGAGCAGGGCUUCCGUAGGGCAGUGGUUCUCGCGUGCGCCUAACAUGAUGAGUAACUGAGUAUUUUUGUGAACGGGUGAUUAGAUCAUAAGACAAAGAUCAGAAUCAUGGUGACAAUAUCUAGGCUUGUGUAGGUGUCAAGGCUACGGCAUAUUACAAGUGCUAUGACUUAGGUAGACCAGCCGUCCGAAUAAAGAGGUUACGUGUGAGCAUUC